AUGUUUAUGGCUGCAACUUCUUUUUCUUCACUUGAUGAUAAUAUUUCACAAUCUCCAACUGUUUCAUAUAUUCAGUCACAAAAAGGAAAACUGUUACUUGUACUAGAUAAAUGUAUUUUUAAACUGAACAAAACAACAACAACAACAAAAUAUUGGAUUUGUACGUGCAUUGAAUGUUCUAUGAAAGUUCAUACAAAUAUGAAUGAUCAAUUGGUAAAAGUAAUUGGUGAACAUUGUCAUCCUACUGAACAGGAAUUAAUACAUGUACGUGAACUUCGAGCAAAGGUGAAACAACGAGCGAUAGAUGAGACAACACCUAUUCCACGAAUUUAUGACGAAGAGUGUGCACGAGCUAUGUUAUCAGAUACAGUCAUUGCUUUAUUACCUAGUGAACGUGAAAUAAAUAGUGCAGUUAAUAAAGCACGUCGUGCUGUAACACCAACAAUUCCAACAACACAACUAUUUGAUCUUCCUGAUUUUUACACUAAAACAUUACGAAAUAAUGAUUUUUUAAUUGCUGAUAAAUUUAUUAAUAGACGACAGAGAAUAAUUUUAUUUGGAUCUCAUGAACAAUUAAAAAUGCUUUUUUCAGCUGAAGUAAUUCUUAUGGAUGGUACAUUUUCUGCUUGUCCUACAAUAUUCGAUCAGAUUUAUACAAUACAUUGUAUUAAAUAUAAACAAUCAUUUCCUUGUGUUUUCGGUUUAUUACCAAAUAGAUAUAAAAAUACGUAUAGUUUUUUAUUUCAUGAAUUGAAAUAUGUAGCUUCACAGAUGAAACUUGAUUUUUCACCGAAAAUCAUCAUGAGUGAUUUUGAACCAGGAUUGGCUGGUGCAGUAAAAUCUGAAUUUAGUACAGUAAAACAUUCAUCUUGCUACUUUCAUUUCACCCAAGCCAUAUAUAGAAAUAUUCAACACCUUGGUCUAAGUUCAAUGUAUAAUGAUGAUGAUAAUGUUAAAUCGUUUUGUCGAAAGUUAAUGGCUCUUCCAUUACUACCCGAAACUGUUAUUGAAGAUGCAUAUGAUGAUUUAGUCGGAAAAUUAGCACCAGAUAUGAGAACAGUUAUUAAUGAUUUACUCGAAUAUUUUCAAGGACAAUGGUUCCUCAAGGUUCCUAUUUCUCAAUGGUGUGUUCAUGGAUCAUGUAUUAGAACAAAUAAUAAUGCCGAGGCAUUUCAUAGUCGAUUUAAUCGUAGAGUACAAAUUCACCAUCCAAACAUCUGGUCAUUCAUUAAAUUUCUCCAAGCAGAAGAGAGUCGUUUUUAUCACAUGCAUAUUCAAUUCUGUUCAGGUUUAGGUACAAGAACACAAAAAGCUAAAACUAUUGCUAUUCAACAUCGUAUAGAAAAUCUUACUGAACGAUAUAACGAUGGUCUUAUAAAUGUUAUGGAAUAUUUGGAUGGUCUAUCACUUGUAGUUGCUAAGAAGAAAAAAUAA